AUGAACGACUUUUCGACGUUAUCAUUUAAUUUAGAGGUUUGUGUGGACAAUAUCGAAUCGGCCCUAUCUGCUGUUCGAGGAGGUGCUCAUAGAAUCGAACUUUGUAGUGCUUUAGCCUUAGGUGGUCUCACCCCUUCGGUGGGCGUUUUUAAAACCAUUAAAAAAUUAAUUACUACAAAAUGUGAUAUUUUUAUCAUGAUAAGACCUAAAUAUAACACGGAUUUCGUUUACGAUGAUAAUGAUAUUAAUGCCAUGGAAGAAGAAAUAAAAAUAUUCGCAGAAAUGGGUGCAAAUGGUUUUGUUUUUGGAUGUUUAACCCAAGAUGGAACGAUCGACGUUGAAAAAUGUAAGAAACUUGUGGAAGUUGCAAAUGGAUUUCCCUGUACUUUUCAUAGGGCUUUCGAUAUAGUUAAAAAUCCAGAAGAAUCAUUAAAAAUUAUUAUCAAUUUGGGAUUUUCCAGAGUAUUAACUAGCGGCCAGAAAAAUUCUGCCAUUUCGGGAGUAACUUUAAUUAAAAAACUUGUUGAAAUUGUUAAAGAGUUGAAAAGUGACGUCAUUAUUAUUGCCGGAGGCGGUAUAAACUCGAAUAAUUUAAAAGAUGUUUUAUUAGAAACAGGAAUAAAUGAAUUUCACGGAUCAGCAGCAUUUAAAUAUUUUAAAGAAAAAAAUAUUUUUUUGACUGACGAGUCUGAGGUUAAAAAAAUGAUUUUCAUUUCUCAAAAUGUUAUAAAAGAGAGAGAAAUUCAUUUACGUUAA